AUGUCUACGACACUAUCCAAAUGUUACGAUUCGAAAAUUUUGACACUGGGUCGUGGCGUAGGUGGUGGUCUCAAUGGCUAUGAUGAUCACUUUCCACAUGAAAUUACUACAUUGCAUUGGUUUAAUUGUCUUGUCAAUUUGAUUCAUCAAUAUGCACCAACAGCUAAGUUAAUCUUUGUACACUCGCCCGAUAGUUUAGUUGAUGGUAUUCAACGGAUUCUCGAUGAAGAUUACAAUUGA